GCGGCGGCAGCGCAGUGAGCGCGCGACCGCCGAGCAGCGAGCAUGUGGCGCCCCGCGACCGCGCUGCUGGCGCUGGCCCUGGCCGCCCCCGCCGCCCCCGCCGCCCCCGGCCCCCGCGUGCCCCCCACGCGCGGCGAGGUCUGGCCGCGGCCCCUCAACCACCAGAAACUACCCGCCUUCUACACCUACGACCCCAACGUCUUCCAGAUUGUCACGAAAGGCAAGUCAUGCAAUCUGCUGGAGUCGGCCAUCGAGCGCUACUUGCAGGUGCUGCGCUCCCAGUACUCCAUGAUGCAGCGGCUGCGUGCCAAGGCGGGGGCGGGGGCGAGGGAGGGGGAGGGGGACAGGGCGCGCGGCGCGGACUACCAGGGCAACAUACUGGCGCUGGAGGUGGACCUGCGACAGCUGUGCGAGGAGUAUCCACACGCUGACAUGGACGAAGCUUACGGGCUGAAGGUGUCGCGGCGGUCGACGCUGGUGUCGGACUCGGUGUGGGGCGCCCUGCGCGGCCUCGAGACCUUCGCGCAGCUCUUCUACAUCACCAGCGACUACCAGGACUAUGUGGUGAACGGCUCCACGACGAGCGACUACCCGCGCUACAGCCACCGCGGGCUGCUGGUGGACACGGCGCGCCACUACCUGCCGGUCAGUGACCUGGAGCUGGUGGUGGACGCGCUCGCGAUCAACAAGAUGAACGUGCUGCACUGGCACCUCGUGGACGACCAGAGCUUCCCCUACGUCAGUGAGCGCUUCCCCGAGCUCAGUGCGCGGGGCUCGUUCGCUCCCUGGCUGGUGUACUCGGCGGCGGACGUGCGGCGCGUGGUGCAACACGCGCGGGCGCGCGGCGUGCGAGUUAUUGUGGAGCUGGACGUGCCCGGGCAUACGUUAUCAUGGGGAGUGUCCCACCCGGAGCUGCUGGCGAGCUGCGGGGCGGCGGCGGCGGCGCGGCGCGGGCCGCUGCACCCGCUGCAGCCCGCCGUGUACUCCACGCUGGCCGCGCUGCUGCAGGAGCUGCAGGCGCUGUUCCCGGACCACGCCUUCCACCUCGGCGGGGACGAGGUCGACCUGGACUGCUGGGAGAAGAACCCGGAGCUGAUCGAGUACAUGCGCGUGCACGGCAUGCGCUCGGCGCGCGAGCUGCACGCGCUGUUCAUGACGCACGCGCUGCGGCUGCUGGCGCCGCGCACCGCGCCCGUCGUGUGGCAGGAGGUGUUUGACGAGGGCGUGCCCCUCUCUAACAAGACUAUUGUCCAGGUGUGGAAGUCUACCAACGACACCGUCUGGGGCAAGGAAAUGUUGGAUAUCAUCAGGUCGGGGCAGCGCGUGCUGUUCUCGUCGGCGUGGUACCUGGACGCGCUGCGGCUCAGUUGGCAGGCGAUGUACUCCGUGGACCCGCGGCGGCUGGUGGCGGGGGCGGCGCGGGCGCGGGGGGCGGGGGUGCGAGGGGCGGCCGCCCUCGCCGAGUGCGUGCUGGGGGGCGAGGCCGCCAUGUGGGGCGAGAUGGUCGACACCACCAAUAUUAUGACGCGCAUCUGGCCGCGUGCUAGUGCGGUGGCGGAGGUGCUGUGGUCGGAGCCGCCCCCGACCGGCGCGGGGGGCGCGGGGGGCGCGGCGGCGCGCCUGGAGGAGCACGCGUGCCGGCUGCGGCGCCGCGGGGUGCCCGCCGAGCCGCCCAACGGACCCGGCUUCUGCGCGCUCGACUAGCACCGCCAGGGACACAGGGAGUCCAGGUAGUCUUCACGAUUAGCAGUAAAUUCAAGUACAGAAUGAUAAAUACAGUAAAACUACAAUAAAGAGUUAAAUACUUAAAUACAUAAAUAAACUCCUGAAAACGGAAGCGGAUUUUAACUAAUUAUUACAGACCGUGUUUAAUCCAUGUAUUAUGUUUAUUAAAGGACAAAUCCGUUAAAAAAACAUAGCCAAACGGUAUUUUAUUUUUAAAAUUUAUGUAAAUGUAAGUAAAUAACUGAUAAUGAUAAAAAAGUCUUUGCAAAAUGGCACUUUUUAUUAUUUUCAUGACUUUAUCGUUGGACUGUAAAUCAUCUUUAUCUGUAGAAAUGAAUAGUUUUUGUAAGAGAAUAUUUUUUACUUUAGUUAUAAACUAAAGUCAAAAAUAUUGUAUUAUGGAAUACAAGUGGAAUACCUUUAUGAAAAGAAUACACUCCGACCAACUAAACGAUGAUUUUAACCGAAAAAUAUUAUUAUUAUGUACUGAUUAGAACAUUUAUUGUCUCAUCAGAUUUGUCUAUUUAAUUUUCAGUCACAUUAUGAGAAGACAACUCAGAGGGGCUGUCCGGAGAAAAGUUAAAAGUAACAUUUACUUAGUCAGGUAUGUUGUUUGUGAGAAAGACCAUGUUAUCACUGCUAAUAGGUGACUUGAUGAAUUAACUAAGCACACUUACUUAUUGUUUAAUAAUAUUGAUAACCAAGUACCUAAGUUCCUAAGCAAUGUCUAGUUAUCGUUGACUACUGAUAAGCAGCCAUAUUUGUAAAUAGCUAAGAUACUCGUAGUGCAACAAUUAUAAAUAUUAUGAGUUGAUGAGUGUCAAUGUGUUUAAAAUAAUAAGAUUUAUUGUAAAAGUUUAUGUUGAUUGUUAACAAUGUUGAUACCUAUACAUAUAAUAAAACAUUAGAACUUUU